UGGUAUGUACAUCGAAGGCCUUCUUGGUGUUGGUGACUUGGCUCUUUUCAAUUUAGGAAGCAAUUUUUUUUGUUUUUGUGUAGUUUUUUCAUAUUAUGGGCUUAUGACCAGAAGGGCUUCAGAUGGCCUAGAUGCCAGUUCAAGCCGAUGGGAACAACUAGAUCAUAAUCGUGAUUUGCAAGUUUCAUCCGUAAGAUUUUCCCCAGAAUUGUCAUGGUUGACUCCCCUACUCAACCAAGUUCUGCAAGCCAGCUAUCACAACUGAAAUUCACAAUCCUUAAAGCCUCGCUUAAAGAACAGUCAGGAUGGUUCACGAAAGGAGACCCUUAUGUCAAACUUGUUGUUGAUGGAAAACAGCCGUCAAAGAAAACAGAGGCAGCUCGUAAGACAUGGGAACCAGUGUGGGACGAGGAGUUUACGAUCCUGGUGACACCAUAUAGUGUUAUGGAUCUGGAAGUUAAUAAUAAAUUUUCUCUCAAGAGCGAUGUCCCAUUGGGAUGUGCAAAGAUUCAACUGAAUGAUGUCCUGCAUUCAAGCCAUGGCAAAUUGAACAAUCAUAAUUUAAAAGUGAAUAUUAUCCUGGACAAGAAUGGCACUCCUUGUCAGACAGGAGUCCUGGAGGUUGUACUUGAUGGGAUGAGUGUGAAUAUGAGACACUUUCCUCGAAGGCCACCUUCACUAACACCAACUCCUCAACCUAAUGGACCAGUGGCUGCAGCCCCUCGCACAACAAAUGGCAACACACCAUCCCGACAGUCACAGCAGAGGCCAAAUGAUGGGGAUGUACAAAGACGGCACAGUAGACAAACAUCAGCAAGACAGAGACCUGUCAGCACUGGAGCAUUAGCUACUACUACAGCAGCAGCAGCUGCUAAUACGUCUCAAAAUUCCUCUCCUGGCAUUAAUACCAGAAGUAAUGUUUCUGCCUCCACUCCAUCAGUUCCUCCUCCACCACCUCAUGGACAGCCACCCCAACAAGCUGGGAACAGUACUAAUACUUCCUCCACAAGGCAGAGAGCAGGGAAUGAGGAACCACUGCCUCCUGGGUGGGAGCAACGUGUGGACCCUCACAGCAGGAUAUACUAUGUAGAUCACAACACACGUACAACUGCAUGGGAAAGGCCUCAGCCUCUGCCACCAGGGUGGGAACGGAGAACAGACUCGCGAGGAAGAACAUAUUAUGUUGAUCACAACACUAGAACAACUACGUGGCAACGACCAACGGCAGAAACAGUCCGAAAUUUUGAAAACUGGCAGAUGCAGAAUAGAGCUUUGCUUAACACUGAGCGGCAGAACUUCCAGCAGAGGUUUCUCCUCCCAACCGCCUCCGUACCCGAAACAGAUCCCCUUGGACCCCUCCCGGCUGGCUGGGAGAGAAGACAGGAAUCCAAUGGACGAGUUUAUUUUGUUAACCACAACACUAGAGCUACCCAAUGGGAAGAUCCCCGAACUCAAGUAGCACUUGGUUCUGACACACCACUCCCCAGUGGCUGGGAAAUGAGAUACACAAAUGAAGGCAUACCUUACUUUGUGGAUCACAACACACGCACAACAACUUUCAGUGAUCCAAGGACAGGUGUAGCUCUUGGCAUUAAAGGUGCUGCUGGUGGUCCUGCUUAUGAAAGAAGCUUCAGAUGGAAAGUUGGACAAUUUAGACAUCUUUGUCAGUUACUUUUAUUUACCACAUGCUUGUUUGUGUUUGUAGCAUCAUAUGUCAAUCCUGAUCAUCUGCAGUACUUCAGGUUCAUAGGACGUCUAAUAGCAAUGGCUCUAUAUCAUGGAAAGUUUAUUGACAGAGGGUUCACGCUUCCUUUUUACAAGAGAAUGUUAAACAAAAAGCAAACUAUGAAAGACUUGGAAUCUAUUGAUCCUGAGUUUUAUAACUCUCUUGUUUGGAUCAAGGAUAACAAUAUAGAGGAGUGUGGACUGGACAUGGAAUUUGCAGUAGACAUGGAGCUUCUGGGAAAAAUUACUUCCCAUGACUUAAAACCUAAUGGUGCCAAUAUCAAGGUCACAGAGGAAAACAAAGAGGAGUACCUGUCGCUGAUGACACAAUGGCGGUUUAAUCGUGGAAUUGAGGAGCAAACCAAAGCUUUCUUGGAUGGAUUCAAUGAAGUUGUUCCACUUUACUGGUUGCAGUACUUUGAUGAGAAAGAAAUGGAGCUGAUGCUUUGUGGAAUGCAAGAAAUUGAUGUUGAUGACUGGCAGACUAACUCUGUAUAUCGUCACUACACUAGGAACAGCAAACAAGUCACAUGGUUCUGGCAGGCUGUACGUUCAUUUGACAAUGAGAAGAGAACUCGAUUGUUACAGUUUGUAACAGGCACAUGUCGUCUUCCUGUAGGAGGAUUUGCUGAACUCAUGGGGAGCAAUGGACCUCAAAAGUUUUGCAUUGAGAAGGUUGGCAAGGAAACAUGGCUUCCACGAAGUCAUACUUGUUUUAAUCGUCUUGAUCUUCCACCAUAUAAAAGCUUUGAACAGUUAGUUGAAAAGUUAACUUUUGCAAUUGAAGAAACAGAAGGCUUUGCACAAGAGUAACGAUGAGGAAUAUAUAAUGUAAUAUGGUGCAGUUCCUUUGUGUUUAGAAUGUAGUAGUUGUAGUUUUACAGACAUUUGUGCCGUUAAAAAUGUGCAUGUAAUAUGAUGGCUUUCAAUUUGUAUAUGAUCAAUUUCGCAGUAAGCACUCUCAUGGGCCAAUUUUGCAAUAUUGAAAUUCUAACUUGGCUCUGAGGCUUACAGGUCUAAACAAAAGAAAUCACAUUAAGGUUUAGAUAUGAAUAAACAAUGCUUGUAGUCCUCUGAGCUUCAAAAGCAUGUUAGAAUUUUAAUAUAUCGAAAAUGGCUGACUGAUAAUGGUAAUUAAGUGGAGUGGAACAGAGUAGAGAACAGUGCAUGAAGUAAUAGUUGAGCAAUUUUAAAAUCGGCAAGGCACAAAAUGAGUGAGCGAUUUGAAAAUAAGCGUGAUCUGCCCCAAUUUGUGUGACACAAAGUACUGGUUAUCACCACUCAAUCUAAUCACUGACGAAAUCAAGAUGAGGAAGCUUUCCUGAAAACACAGUGAUGCCCUCUAGGUUUUUUAGGGACAAAGCAGGAUCCAGAAAUUCAAUUAUAUAGCAGUGGAAAUCACUGGACAUUGUUAGCAUGUGAGAACCAACCAGAAGUAAGAAUUCUUCAUUGAUUUAAUGAAACCAGUAAUCUGUUAGCCUUGAGGUAGAUACUAUGUUACACAACAGAUGUUCUCAGUACAAUCCUUGCCUUCCCUCUCUCUCCCCCGCCCCCUCCAAAGUGCUGUGCCAUACUUUAUCUAACUAUACCAGCUAUGCAGGGUGUAAGUUGUAUGUACAAAUAGUGUCACAAAGUGAAUAAAAGGGUCUGCGCCACAGUAAUGCACAUGUACAACUUUGAGUGAACUGAAAGAUUCACUGGAAGGUUUUGUAACCAAUAGAAAAGACACAACUCUCUAUCACGUGCCACGUGACCAUUUGUGUGGAACAUCACAAUAGGCCCUUUACAGGAUCCGGACACAUGGUACGGAAUUAAUUACGCUGGGAUGCAAGUUACGCAGUUGGACUUCCAAAACAAAGGAAAGUC